AUAUGUAGCAUUCUGCUUACUACCAUACACCCAUCUUCUCCCACGCUCUGCCUAACGGGAGCUUUAGCCAUGGAAGCAACAGUAAUAAUGCUGCUGGUGCUUUCAGUAGUGAACCAUGUUGAUGGCGAUGAACAGUUGCCGAAGGUAUCAGGAAUCGCAAACAGUGGGUGUGAUGUGUUUGAAGGAAGUUGGGUUCAUGAUGAAUCAUAUCCUCUCUAUGAUACUUCACAAUGUCCCUUCAUAGAAAAGGAGUUUGAUUGCCUGAAAAAUGGUAGACCAGACAGAGACUAUCUCAAAUACAGAUGGCAGCCCACUGCAGACUGCACCUUUCCAAGAUUCAACGGCAGAAAUUUCUUAUCAAAAGUGAAACGGAAAAGAAUAAUGUUCAUAGGAGAUUCAUUAAGUUUGAACCAAUGGCAAUCGCUCACGUGUAUGCUUCAUGUAGCUGUUCCUAAUGCUAGCUAUACCUCCGUGAGGACCGGAGGCCUCUCCACCUUCAUAUUCCCGGAAUACAAAACAAAAGUGAUGUUUUCACGCAAUGCAUUUCUAGUAGACACAGUGAAUACAAGUAAAGGUGCUGUUCUGAAACUGGAUUCCAUUGAAGGUGGAAAGUUAUGGAAAGGAAUUGAUGUUUUGAUAUUCAAUACUUGGCAUUGGUGGCUUCACACUGGAAGAAAACAACCAUGGAAUUUUAUCCAAGAGGGGAACAAUGUGUACCAAGACAUGGAUCGAUUGGUAGCAUAUGAGAAGGCUUUGAAUACUUGGGCUAAAUGGGUUGACACCAAUGUACAACCUGCAAAAACCAUGGUCUUCUUCCAAGGAGUUUCACCCGAUCAUAACAAUGGAAGUGACUGGGGGGAGGACAAAGCAAGGUACUGCGAGGGGCAAAAGCAGCCAGUCUCAGGGCCAAAUUAUCCGGCGGGUCCCCACCCAGCAGAGCUCGUUGUAGAGAAAGUAUUGCGAGGUAUACAAAAGCCAGUGUACUUGCUUAACGUCACUGCCCUUUCACAGCUAAGAAAAGAUGGCCAUCCCUCCGUCUAUGGCCAUGGAGGCCACAACGAUAUGGAUUGCAGCCAUUGGUGUCUACCUGGUGUUCCUGAUACUUGGAAUCAACUUCUAUAUGCACUUCUCCUUCAAUUUUAUAACUAAACUAUAGCCACCUACCUCACUUUUAAGUUUACCCCAUCCCAUCAUAUUAUUAUUAUUGAGAAAGAAAAGUAUUAUAGUUAUUUGAUGCAUAAAUUAAUUUCUCCAAAUUAUUUAAAAAAAAAUAUUAAUCUUUUAUAUUUUGAUGUAUCUUAUUCUUAUAAUCAAUAAAUACAAUUUAACGUAUAUACAUGAAUUAUUUUGUUUGGA